CAUCCUGAUGCUGACGAGGCAGAGAAGAGUCUCUCCAGAUCAGAACACCAGAUGGACAACGCUAGCCCUUCCUCCCUCCCAGAGUCUCCCGGUAACAACUUACUGCUGGGUAUAAAGAGGUUGUCUGUGCUGCUGGUGGACUGCAGGAAAACAACGGAGCUGAGUGGAACUGUGAGAGGAGGAGAAGAGAAGAAAGGAUCAGAUUUGACUCAACAAACAGGAAAACCAAACUUGGAGAAACCAGAAACGUCCAGACCAGCAAGACAACACCUCUGCUCCCACUGUGGAAAGAGUUUUAACCAGUUCGUUAGCAUGAGAAGACAUGAGAGAAUACACACAGGGGAGAAGCCACACCAUUGCACACAGUGUGGAAAGAGUUUUAACCAGUUAGGAAACAUGAAAUCUCACAAACGAAUACACACAGGGAGAAGCCUUUCCAUUGCUCCCAGUGUGGAAAGAGUUUUGGAGAGUCAGGAAACCUGA